AUAUGGCUCGUGGGCAGCAGAAGAUUCAGUCUCAGCAGAAAAAUGCCAAAAAGCAGGCUGGACAAAAGAAGAAACAAGGGCAUGAUCAAAAGGCUGCUGCCAAAGCUGCCUUAAUAUAUACUUGCACUGUCUGCAGGACACAAAUGCCAGACCCUAAGACCUUCAAGCAGCACUUUGAGAGCAAGCAUCCCAAGACCCCACUUCCUCCAGAAUUGGCUGAUGUGCAAGCAUAAAGUUGUUUACAGGUGAAUUCAUGACACCUUUGACUCUUCUACUGUCUCAGAUCUUAGGUAACAAACCUGCAGCUGCUUUUCUAACAAACUGUUGAUCAGCAAAAAUAAAGGGGCUACAGAAACACUCAUUUUUAUGCUGUUCCCUUUUGGGCUUCAUGCAAAGACAAUUCUGUGUAAAUGUACAGUUGACUCUGAUUUGGAAAUCUGAAAAUCAGUCCAUCCUUGUUAUAAAAAAUUUUUUUACAAUUGUAAUUAUAUUGAUGUUCAUAUCGUGUAAAAUAACUCAUUUAAUAAAGUAGUACUUUGAUUUUACAACAUCACAGGACAAGUGGUUCUAGAAAUUCUGUUGUAACUUUCCUUAUUAUUUGCCUUAUAAAAGUCUAAUGAAUUCAUCAGCGAGAAUUGCAAAUGGAAUUCUUAUCAUGCUUUGCCAGCUCGGUGGCAAAUUCGUUAACCCUAGGGUAGACUCAUACAUCAAAAUUGUGCGCACCACCGUAUUGGCAGCUGAUGAUCGAGGUGAAGAAUGACAUCUGCUGCUUAAUACAUUGCAGUUGUGUGUCGUUGCCCCUUCUGAUUAUCUCUCAUUUAAAGUUGGAGGAUUUAAACUUGCCAUUUGAACUGACUCUAGCCUACACAUAACUGAUAAACCCAUAAAGGGAGUGGAUCUUCAGUGACUUCUCCUGAAAGAUUAGGUUCUGAGGUAUGUGCUGUAACAAAAUAAUUGUUAGGGUUACCGUUUCACACCAAGUAAGAUAGAAGAAAUGUGAACUGGUAGAUAUCUACCUUUUAUAAAUUUAUAUUAAAUUCUUUCAUUAUUAUUCAGGUACUUGAAUUUGAAAUUGAAACAUUUAAAGGAAUUUUCGGAAGUUACUAUUUUGCCAAUUUUAUGAAUGGGUUUUUGCAUUAGCAGGAAGACCUUAAUGACUUGUGGCUGGUUAUUUCCCAGAAUGCUCUCAUUUUCUAAGUGAAUUGUUGGUUUUAGGAAUUUACUUUGUGCUGGUUCCUAAAAUCAAAGACUACAUGUACAGUAUGACUUCCAUCUGAACUACAAAAGUAUUAUAGUCCAGAGUUCACAUUCUUUUGGAUCUAAGGAUGGGGAAGUUUUCUUCAGCUGAAUAAGGUAAAUUCCACCCAAUUAAAGACUAAUGUUAGCAUUCUUAUAAUUUAGUUUUGUCAACUAUCGUACAAGUGAAACUGCUGUAACUCAUUUAAAUUUUAAAAUUAACGUGAUAGGAAGAACACUGAAAUAUUUAACUGAUAAUUGCUUAGAGCUGCAUAUCUGAUCCUGUGGAUUAUAAAAUGCAUUCCCUCUUUCUGCUGUAACCCAUCACUGCAUUUGUUUUGUAACUGCUCCCUUUGUCUUCACUGUUAAGUUUAAAUAUCUGCAAGGAAAGUCUUCAGUACUGAUAGUUUCUUAGCAUUUCCUAUUCUUUGACCCUUACUUUAAAAUACAGUCCUUUCGUUUCAUGUAUUUAACUUCCUAAGUUUCAGACUUAAUAUCUGUUUCCUAACACGUUGAUUACCAGAACAUUAGGAUUUUACCUAAUUUCUUGUGGAUGGUACAGAAGUUCUGGUUAAAUUACAAUUUAAAAGCUUUUGAAAAUGCUUUGAGCAUUGUAUGUUUAUUUUUAGUAACAUUAUUUAAACCCCAUUCAUGAAUUUUGGAUUAACUUUUUUGUUUUAUUGACUGUAAUUCACAAUAAAAGUUUUUUCUUGUAUUUGACCUUCUUAUAAGCAGCUGAAGACACCAUAUUUGAUUCUGUAUCUCAACGUAGGGAAGUAGUUGGACUGAUCUUACAUAAGACAAUUCUUAAUAUGGGGAUUGUACAUACAAUCCUUCCUUUACUGUGUUUGAGCUAAAUUUGCUAUAAAGAGAAAGUUACAACUCUUAAACAUGUUAUUUCAUUUGAAGAUUCUUUAACAGAUCAUAGCAAACUUUGUUUUAAAGCUGUUGUGGUGUCUUCAAAAACUUGAUAAAAUGCACAGAGAGAAUUGGUCCGUUUGUGUUCUGUAUUUACAUUAGUUGCCAAAAGAAAUGGGGUUAAGUUUAAGCUUGUUUCCAUUCUAUUCAUGUGGAUACACAUCCCCGUGUUUAACUGACCACUGGGGCCUCAGUUUUGUGCUGUAAUGUCGUAUUAAAGAAGAUAUUAAAGAAAACCAAA